UUUUUCCAUUGCAAUAUUUGCAGUUGAAUUGGCAAAAGUUAAAAAAAUAAAAACAACAACAUUGAUCUGCGAACGACUUGCAACCUGCCAACUGUUGCAAUUGUAAGCAUUGCUUUGUUUGUCAAUGAUGAUCCAAAAAUGGUUUAGCGUCACUGGAUCCAAAUGUCUGUGAGCGCAACGAGCUAGCUAUGGAGACAAGAGAAGAAUCGUCUGAAGAUGAAAAAAUUCGAAAGGAAGAAACUACACUAAUUUCAUUGACGACUCCCGAUGGGGAGGAAAUCAAUGUUAUACUCAAACACCCAAAAACGAAGAUUUGCUUCCGUGAAUUGAUAGCGAAGGCAUGCAAAAAUGCAGGAUUAUCGAAUAUUAUUGAAGAUAAGCUUGAAGAGACAAACAUUGUUGUUGGUCCUAACGACUUUGAUGGAAUACCUGAAGUGAAAAGUUCAUCUAUCCGGGAAAAGUCCACUCAAAAACAAAAGAAUGUACCUCAAAUGAACAACAAAAAGAAACUUACUUCUGAUUACGAUGCUAGAAAGUCAUACAUUAACUUCAAGCAGACAAAUAACGUCAGAGUAGUCUGUCGAUCGAUUCGUUUUGGAUUGUAUAAAAUAUUUCAACCCUUAAAGCUCACUGCCUUGUUUUCGCAUUUGGGUAUCAAGUUUAUUAUGCGAGAACCCAAGGUUGCAGAAAUUACACUUCGUAGCGUUGACAUUGUAAGGAUUUUGAUGCAUUUUGGGCCGACUCUCCAGGCUAUAAUAAUUUACGUUCAACCGUACACUGGCAAGUCAAUCCGAGAAGUUCUUAAGAUAACACAUCCUCCUGAAUCUUUGACUUAUUUUGACCCUUGUAGCCCUGACGCCGUUCUCCAAAGGAUUACCUUGUUUCCUGCAAGUAUCACACAGUCUUCGUUCAAGUUUAUUAAACAAAUGUUCUUCGAUAAAACACAUGGAGGUGAUUUAUCAAUUCAAGAUCUAAAUCUACUCCUGUCUCAAGAUAUAAACUAUUUGCAAGAAAAAAACAUGGAUGCUAAAGUAGAAAAUAAAGAUAUGAAAGUGAAGCAACCUUGUGAUAAUAAUGAAAAGAAAAUGCCAGUAGUGACUGUGGAGUCAACAGAAAAUAUUGAUGACUAUCCUGAUAAAGACUGUGAGAGGGUGGAACCGAUUCUAGUCUACAAAAUGGGCAAAGGGGGCAUAACAAUCUACCCGGAGAACUUUGCCUGUCUCGAAAACAGCAUGUACAUCGAUGAUAUAAUCAUCGACUUCUACCUCAUGUGGUUUUAUAAGAACAAACUGGGUGCUGAAGACCAGAAGAGGACGCAUGUAUUUUCUUCGUUCUUUUAUACCCGGCUUACUUCGGAUGAAAAUAGUACGAUUCAGGAUAGGCAUAACAAAGUGGCACGUUGGACCAAGUCGUUGGACAUUUUCUCAAAGGAUUUUCUCAUCGUACCUCUUAAUAUUUGCCAACAUUGGAUGGUUGCGGUUAUAUGCUUUCCAUAUCUGGUUACACAAUAUUUCUCAGUAAAAUGUUCUGAAACAGAAUCUAACCUUGAAAUAGCACAUACUUCUGAGUCGACCAUUGCUCAGGAGGAUGUUUUGGACCUGAGCAAAAAGGUAACCGAGAUAUUCAAUGAAAAAUGCUGUCAGGUUUCUUCAGAGUCGCCAAGUUGUAACAACGAUCAUGGCUCAGUGGUGACGGUUGAAAAGAAUCCUGCUAAUCCACAACCUUGUAUAUUCCUUUUUAACUCGCUGGCGGGCGGAGGAAAUACCGAACUGGAUCCCCUUAGGGAGUACUUGACCGUUGAGUAUUCGAAAAAACACAAAGGGAAGAAGUGCAUCUUCACAAAGAAAAACAUGAGACACAUUCCUACUGAUGUCCCUCAGCAGACAAACGGGUCCGACUGUGGUCUAUUCGUCCUGCAGUAUAUCGAGGAGUUCUUUCAGAAUCCUAUUAAAAAUUUCGCCGAACCAGUAAUAUUGCCGACAUGGUUCCCUUUAUGCAGGGUCGAGGAAAAAAGGAAUUUAAUUAAAAAAUUGAUUCUAGAUUUGAGGGAUCAAUCAAAAUGUGAUUAAUUUGGUCCUUUUUGUUUGUAGCUAUUUUAAAUUGGUUGUGAAUAUUAUAAAAAAAAUCAUUGCAAUUGUUUUUCAAAUUAUUUUGAAAGACGACUUAAGUAUUUAUUUAGUAGUUAUUUACAGCUUUGUAUUUAUAAAAUUAUUUCUUUUAUUAUAUGAUUGCCAUUGACCAUGGUGUGCUUUUGCAGUACAACCAUAUUUUUUAGUAUGACACUUUUGUCACUUAGCAUUUAAAAUAAUUUUUAGAUCAUGUAAGGCAUUUAUUACCAUUUUUUAAAUCAGACCUAAAUCAAUAUAAUUUAUUUACAUAUAUUAAAAAUAUAUCAUAUACUUGUAUAUAGAAUUAAAAUUAUAUGAAAAACAAUUUUAUUUAAAGUCAUUGCAUACCUGUAAUUUUUACUAUCUGUAACUAAUAGAGAUAUCCAUGUAAAAAAUAAAUU